CUAAGAGGCAGCUCCGGCUGAGAAGAUACUCACUCCCCUUGGCUCUGCUAUCCUGCUCGCAUCUGACUCCUCCCUCCUGCAGCUCCGAACAGCGCAGGGUGAAUCCAACAGCCUCUCAUUUCUACUAUGUUUCUCCCUGAGCUACUAGAGCUUGAACAUACCUGAUAUUCUGCCUUCGAUUCAGCUGAACUCGUGAGUAAGGGUGAAUGGCAUGUUAUUACCUGAGGAGCCCAAAUUAACCAUCUCCCAGGACUGAAAGGAUUAUGAAGAACUGCAUUUUUUUCAGCACCUUUAGUACUUCAUUGUUGCCUGAUUUUUCAUGAGCAUGAAUUGUUCUGGUUAUCAAGGGUGCUUUCACCUGAAUAUUUCUUCCUCAGAUACCACAAAAGAGAGUCUAGGAAAACAAAGAAACUUACGAUAUGGAGCUGACAGUUCUGGAUUCAGAUAGUGUAAACUUGCAGAGUCAGUGAGAAGGCAAAGAAAAAAAAUUGCCAAGGACAAUGUCGGUAACGCCUAGUAAUUUGUCACUCAAUGGGACAAGCUUCUUCACUGAAAAUCACAGCGUUAUGGAUGAGCCUAGUGAGGAGAGAACUUUGAAUGUCUUUCUAUUCUGCUUGACUGUCAUCAUUGCAUUCACAGCACUUCUGGGCAGCAUUUAUUCACUGGCUUCCCUGCUGAAAAUGCAGAACAAAACCACCGUUUCCAUGAUUGUCACCUCUUUGUCAAUAGAUGAUUUGAUCAGCAUUGUGCCAGUGAUUAUUUUCAUGCUCACCCAGUGGUCAAGCGAUGUCCUCCCCCAGCCUCUGUGCACCACCUCAGCACUUAUAUAUUUAUUCCAGGGCAUUUCUAGCAACCUGAAAGGGUCUCUUAUAGUUUCUUACAACUUCUACACCAUCAGCAAAACUGAGACAAUGAGCUGCAGCACUUCCAAGCGACGAGUGAGCAUGGUAUGGGCCAUUCUCACCAUCUGGAUUGUCAGCUUGCUGAUCUGCAUUUUGCCUCUCUGUGGUUGGGGCAGGUACAUCCCCACCUCCUGGGGCUGCUUCACUGACUGUGCCAGUUCCUACAUCUUGUUUUUAUUUAUUGUCUACUCGCUGUGCUUUUGCCUCCUCACAGUGCUCUCUGUUCCACUAACUUACCAGCUGUUGUGCUCGGAUGAGCAGCAGCUAUUACACAUUGAUUACCAGGAAAUCUCUCGAGGCCACACCACCCCUGGGACACCUGCGGGCUGCAGUGCUGCUACCCCGUCUCUGUCACCGCUGGACCCUGUGGAUAAAACCCUGAAGCAUUUCCAGAGCUCAUGUCCAAGCUCGGAGGCAGUUUUGAGGACAGGUGUGGCUGAGAGCGGUGCCCUCGAGCCGCCUUGCACCAACAGCACACAGAGCAGGAGCUUCACCGUGGCCUUCGCCCAGAAACGCUUCUCGCUGAUUCUUGCGCUGACAAAAGUCAUUCUGUGGCUUCCAAUGAUGAUACAAAUGGUUGUCCAGCACAUCACUGGUUUUCAGAGCCUUUCGUUUGAGACUCUUAGCUUCCUGUUGACUUUGCUGGCUGCCACAGUCACCCCAGUAUUUGUCCUGUCAGAACACUGGAUCCACCUGCCCUGUGGCUGCAUCAUUAAUUGCAGGAGGAAUUCGUAUGCGGUGUCUUCAGAAGAACUCAAAACCAAACGUAGGGGGUUCGAAUUCAGCCUGUCAUUCCAGCAAGGUUAUGGAAUCUACAGAAUAUCCCACGAAAACCACCACCAGCAGCAGCAGCAUGGUGAUGGUAAAUCUCCAUCCUACCACAACCUGGUGAGCUACGACUGCGGUGACUCGAAGGAAGCUGGGAGCGGCAGCGGCGAAGCCCCGCACUGCGGGUUCAGCACCACGGCCCCGGCGGACAGCUCCCGGGGGGGCCCUGCGGCCGGGCGGGGGCCGGGCCAGGAGAGCAGCACCCACCGCCUCCUGCCUGGCAAACUGGGAGCCCUGGGAAGAGAGGAGCUCGGAAAUUUUGAUACGGUGACUUGUUUUGAAGGACCAGAAAGGAGGUUGUCUCAUGAGGAAGGCCAGAAACCUGAACUCACAGACUGGGAGUGGUGCAGGAGUAAGUCAGAGCGGACCCCUCGGCAG